UCUCUCUCUCUCUCACUCUUCCCGACUCGAUCAAGAUCGCCUUCCUGUACCGUCAUGGAUCCGUCGAGAGCUCGUCAGAUAAGGGCUUCGUGGAGAGCCGAAGAGGCGUUUGCAGAGAGGUAUAUGGCGGACAUGAGGGGGGAAUUUAUCAAAGAAGAAGAGAUUGACGAAGAGAAUGGGUUUGCUCGUGAGUUGUCGUGGGAACGUGUUCGCAACAGGAUGGUGAUGACGAUUUGGGUCACUAGGAAGAUGAUGGAAGAACACAACCCCCCUCUUGAGGCAUUCAUCGGGACCUGCGACGAGUAUGGUAGACCUGGAGGAAGAGGCCUUGCUGUGAUCACUGCACAAUCAGCUUGUUUGUGGAUUGGCGAAUGCUUGGAACCGUUCCUUACGCACUUCACGGACUCGUGGACCAACGUCAUGACCAUACGUGCUGAUCAGUCGAUGAAGAGCUGGAUGUCAGAG